GAGAGAGAGAGAGGGAGAGAGAGAGGGAGAAAGAGAGAGAGAGUCAUUUUGUGGGAGGCUGAGAAAAGAGAGGAGCAGGCACAUUUCCCACUCCCAUUUUGUCAUCUUUAAUGUCCUUGCUAUUUAACGAAGACUAGUUGCUACAUCCCAUUACACGUCUCACACACACACACACACACACACACACACACGCACACACCAGGCUGUAGGAGGAGGAGAGGACAGAGUGAUUGGCAUGUGGGGAAAACACACUUGCACCUACACACACCUGGAGCAGAGGAAAAACACGGACGCCGUCGCCUGACUUAUGGAAAGAGGGAAAGAGGUGACCGGGAGCGCGCGACAACACACACACACACACACGCACACACACACACACACACGCACGCAAAUACCUAUACAUACACACUCUCACUCCGACAGACAGAUGUGGCGGGAGCAGGAGGCACGCUCCAGCUGUUGGUGUGUGGUAGACUGAUUCAUCUAGAGUGAGGUGGUGGGGUGCUCAUGGCUGCCUUAUGGGGCCUGGGCUGGCUGGGUGUGAGCCUCACCCUGUUGGCCCUCGCCCCGGUGUGCCAGAGCUGCCCGCCACGCUGUGACUGUGUGGCUCAGCUCCGCUCCGUGUCCUGCCAGCGAAAGCGUCUGUCGGGUGUACCUGAGGGCAUCCCUACAGAGACCCGGCUGCUGGACCUCAGUCGGAACCGGCUACGCUGGGUGUCACCAGGAGAUCUGGCACCAUAUCCACGGCUGGAAGAAGUGGACCUCAGUGAGAACCUCAUCUCCACUCUGGAGCCCAAUGCCUUUGCCAGUCUACAGGCACUGCGAACACUGCAUCUUCGUGGAAACCAGCUGAAGCUGGUGCCUAUGGGCGCCUUUGCUCGCCUGUCAAACCUCACUACCCUAGACCUGAGUGAAAACAAGAUUGUCAUCCUGUUGGAUUAUACAUUUCAGGACCUGCACAGUCUCAAACACCUUGAGGUUGGUGACAAUGACUUGGUCUACAUCUCUCAUAAAGCUUUCUCAGGAUUGCUGGGUCUGGAAGACUUAACCAUAGAAAGAUGCAACCUGACUUCAAUCUCUGGUCAAACCCUAUCCUACCUGCGCAACCUGGUCACCCUUCGAUUACGCCACCUCAGCAUCUCUACCAUCGAAGACCAAAACUUCCGCAAGAUGUCCGCUUUGCGGGGGCUAGAGAUAGACAAUUGGCCAUACUUGGAAUACAUCUCCCCCUUUAGUUUCCAGGGUCUAAACUUGACCUGGCUGUCCAUUACUAACACCAACAUUACUGCAGUCCCUUCUGCUUCUUUCCGCAACCUUGUCUACCUGACAUCCCUUAACCUCUCCUACAACCCCAUAUCUGUGCUGGAACCCUGGGCGUUCAAGGAUCUUAUAAGGCUGAAAGAGCUACACAUGGUCAGCACUAACCUGCAAGCUGUGGAGCCUCAUGCUCUGGGUGGUCUGAGGCAGAUUCGGGUGCUGAACCUCUCCAACAAUGAGCUGGUCACACUGGAGGAAAGCUCCUUUCAUUCCGUCAACAGCCUUGAAACUUUACGAGUAGACGGAAAUCCACUUUCUUGCGACUGCCGGCUUCUCUGGAUUCUGCAACGCAGACGCACUCUGAACUUUGAUGGGAAAAUGCCGAUCUGCGCUGCUCCACCUGAGGUACAGGGUAAUAUUCUGAGCAGCUUUCCGGAUUCUGCAUUAUUUGACUACUUCACUUGCCAGAAGCCGAAGAUUCGCAACCGGAAGCUUCAACAAGUGACAGUGCGUGAGGGUCAGUUGGUGUCCUUCCUGUGUCGUGCUGAUGGUGAACCGGCGCCUGCCAUCAUCUGGAUCUCACCACAGCGGCGAAAGAUCACCUCGAAAAGCAGCAGCAGGAUCACAGUCUUACCAGGUGGAACGUUGGAGAUCCGAUAUGCCCAGGUGACUGACAGUGGCACGUACAUCUGCAUCGCCAGCAAUGCAGGUGGCAACGACACCUACUUUGCCACACUGACGGUGAAAGGACAACCGGUGGACCACGCUCUGUUCGCCAACCGUUCUCUGUAUGCGGUGGACUUUAAUGACACUGGUCUGAACAGUACACGUGUCUUCCUUAAGUUCACACUUGACCUCACCACAAUCCUGGUGUCUACAGCCAUGGGCUGCAUCACCUUCCUGGGUGUAGUACUCUUCUGUUUCCUGCUGUUGUUCGUGUGGAGCCGCGGAAGGGGCCAACGCAAGAACAACUUCACAGUAGAGUACUCAUUCAGGAAGACAGAGGGGCCCACUACCAGUUCGACCUCUGGAGGGACCCGCAAGUUCAACAUGAAAAUGAUAUGAAACAACGCAGCCAGGGGCCACCUGGGGGAGGCAUAAACACCCAACAUAAACACACAGCUCUGACUCGCAGUAAUAUCGGAAGAUGUUUUAGGGACUAAUGUGAUUAAACUUACCUUGAUCUCACUGCCUUUGGAAAAGGUGUUAAUAUUUCAAUUAAGUCACUUGGAUUUGAUAAGCUAGUAAGUUUCCUUUACCUAAACCUUAUUUGCUUGGAUGGUUGGUUGCCAUUGUUACAACGAUUUAUUACUAUUGCUAAUGAUUUUGUUAUGCAAAAUUUAAACACCACCUUAGAGAUAUAUGACCACCAACCAAUGUUGCAGUAAAAAUCCAUUAAUGAAUUUAAUAUACAAUAUAGUGGUUCUAACAAAAUGACAUGCAAAUUGAAAUGCUAAUUUAGAAAAUACUGAAUGCACAAAUAGCAUUUGUCAUGUUAUUAAAUUAAACACCCAUCAUGCUACAGUUGAAAAACCAACUGGCCAAUCAAAUGGCUAAAGCCAUUGAAUCAUGAGUUUAUGAACUACAAGCUUGGCUUUCUGUCAUGUCUGCGAUGAGGUGCUGUGUAAGUUGGGACAAGCACACUGGCCGCAACACUGUGAGUGCACUGCUGCUACUGCCGUACUGGUAUUCAGUUAGCAGCAUUGUACUAUAGUGGAUAUAAGCUAAUGUGCAGCCAGAACCUCAGGGUCUGGUUAGGAAGCCAAGCCUUGGGUACUGGCUGCACUGUUAGUGGAUGUAUAGUGCUUAUACCAGGCUGGUGGAGGGCUGAUAUGGGGUAUUCUCUCAUAUCCUCUCCAUCGCCUGGCCUAGGCACGCACCGAUGACCCAUAAGCCUUCAUGGGGGGAGGCUGCGGGCAUCAGGUCCGUUUGAUGUCAGACACUUGCUGUAUGUACAUGUCUACAAAUGUACAUUUUAACCCAUUAUCAAGCAACACCUGCACAAUACAGUUAUAGCUUUAUUUGUUUACAAUGCAUAGUACUAUGCAGGGAAGAUGUGAGACAUACACAAGCUUUCUUCAGCACACUUGAGUUUUCUUGUGUUUGCAUUUCAGGGAAUGGUAAAAUAAUAUGACCAGAGCUUGUUUUAUUUUUCUAUUAAGCUACUGUAUAGACCUUUGUUUUUAGGCGAAUGUCAUUAAUUAGUGAAUAUGUUAAUUUGAGAAGAAUGUUGUGUUCAUGGUUAUUGCCUUAGCUUUACCAUGCACAUUCAUUUAAUUAUGCUAAUUACUGCUUGGUUUUAUUUUGCAGGCACAGGCAGUAAUAGCAUCAAAUGCAAUAACAGAGAAAAUCUGGUUUACUGCCAUUUGCUUUUGAGACUUUUUAUUGGAUUAAUAAUGUAACAUAGGCAUGACUCUUUUCACGGUUAUACUGAAGCAGUUCUUUCUAAAGUUGGCACAUUGAAAAACUCAAAAUAACAAAUCAGAUGCAGACAUAAACAUGAUGUGUCAUUUAAUGCCAUUUAUUAAAGGUGUUGAGAAGUUUUAGAUCAUUUUAUAUAACAUCAUGACAGUAGAAACACAUGGAACACACUUAUAUAAGAAACACAUACAUAGAUAAGAAUGGGUGAUCGGUGAUGCUGUGAUCAUCAUCAUCAUCCCUCUCCUUUUCUGACUUAUUUCUUGGCGGCCAGUGUGCGAAAGUCUCUGCUUCUCCUGCCCAGUCUUCAUCCCCCCAUUAAUCCCUGUUCCUGCACCCCGACUGGGUCUCAAUGAGAGUGGGGUCCCUGGCUGGAGUCCAUAGAUGUAAAUGAAAAUCAUGACACCCAUCUAACCCAUGUGUAUUUGACUGUAGAAGGUAUUUCUCCCUUUAUGUGUUUAGUUCAUAUGUGUUUUGUACUUAUUCUUUUUAUUAUUAAUGUUUUUAAAAUUGCUGGUACUACAGAUGUUUAAUGUUAGUGAUCUGAAGGAUGAUCUGUUCUCAAUACUACGCUGUUUGAUUUGGAGCUUUGGUGAGGUAAGAGGGUAUAAUAUGAUAUAAAAUCAAGCUCCAGGGUCCCUGGUUCAAACCUGAGCUCGGGUUGAUGUCUCUGUUGAGUUUUGCAUGUUCUCCACGUCUCCGUGGAGUUCCUCCAGGUUCUCCAGUUUCCUCCCAAUUCCCAAAAACAGGAGCUGGUAGGUGGAUUGGCUAUGCUACAUUCCCCCUAGGGUGUGUGUGUGUGUGUGUGUGUGUGUGUGUGUGUGUGUGUGUGUGUGUGUGUGUGUGUGUGUGUGUGGUGAGCUGUGAUGGACUGGUGCCCCAUCCAGAGUCUAUUUCCGAAUCAUGCCCACUGUUACUCGGGCUCCACCAUGACCCUGACCAGGAUAAAGCAGUUACUGAAUGAAUGAAUGAAUGAAUGAAUAAAAGUCUAAGGACUAAGAUCUAGGACUAUGGACUAAGGCUGUGCUGCCUUGUAAUACACUAAACACAGCAAUUUCCUUCUACCAAAAGUCAACAACAGUUGUGACAUUGAAAAUGAUGACAGUCUUUAUCUAAAAUGUGGUGUUGAGAACAGAUUAACAAACCAAAGAGCCAUGAGUCGAAUGCUUAUUCUAGGUAAACUCUUCACUCUGGCGCCACCCCUGAAACCUAGCUAAAUGUUCUCAGACCUCACCGAUAUCAUCAGCAGUGCAGUAGGAUGGAUCGUGUUCGUCAUCAGUACAGUCGAUGUUAUCCUUGUGGCCUGUGACUCGGUGUUGUUCGUUUGGUUGAUUGAUCAGAUUUGUUUCCUAGUUUAUUAGCUUUUUGUUAGCGUUAGCUCCUAGUCGUGCAGUCAGUCACUGUGUUUAGGUGUGGUGUGGUGGUGGAUGGUGAGAAAGGAGGCUCAGCCGGGGAUGUGACUCCAUACCCUCCCGGCGUCACAUGACCCCUUAUAUGCCGACCCAGUUUUCCUCUUUACGACACCAGCGGCAUCCACGGACUUGCGUAGCAGCUGGAACACUCUGUAUCUGUCAUGAAUACAUUGAUUUACUGUUUGCACUUCAGAAUGCAGAAUGGAGUGUGAAAUGCAGACAGAUUGGGCGAGAAUGGGAUCUGUCAAAUUGGGAAGUGUUUCUUAGUAAAUUUAACAGUAUUGAAGAAAAGGUGAGAUGUUUUUAGCAUGCUGCAGUUGCUCUUCUGAUGCGAAGUGAUGUUUAAGUAAUGAGAAAUUAAAAUACCAUGUAUAAUCA